AAAAUUUGCUGGAAGAUGGCGAUGCGGGAGCACGAGCUGCAUUUCGCCGCGGCCAGUUCGAUAAAAAUCAGUCGUUCGCAGGGGCUGUUUUGGCGUGGUGUCAGUGCUGUGGUUUCUGUGACGAGUUCGCGUGCAGUUCCGCGGUAAAUUAUCAGUGAUCAGUCGCGGGCGUGGGAUGAUAAAUGGUGGCGACCAGCAGCAUGGUGUAUGAGGAGAUAGUCGGGAUACGGGGCAGCUGACCCCAGCCACCGCGCACGCUUUUCACGCGCGAGAUGCCCCACAACUUGAACUCCGCUUCCGCCAACUCCGCAAACUCCGCCAACGCCGCCAACAACACCACCAACAAUACCGCCAACAACACCGCCAACAACACCGCCAACGCCGGCAACACGGCGCCGAAUCAUCAGGCCUACGCGAACCAUUCUUAUCACCGACCGAACGGAGAUGGACUCCAGCCAGAGAAGGAACCGGUGGAGUUCGACACGUCGCACCUGCGGGGCGCGCCGGCCGAGGUCGAGGCUCUGGUGCACAACAUCAAAGAAGUCGCGCAGCAGUUCCUCUACCAUUGGAGAACGUUCCCGAUCGUGCUUCCGCCGCCAUUGUCCACCUGCUCGGAACCGGAGGACACGCUGGCCAGAAAGAAACACCACUUGAGGGACCUGUUCGUCGCUCCUAGUUUCGACGAGCUGGACUCGGUUGCCGUGGACAGCAAAGGCGAGCCGAGGAGGUUGACCAAGAAGCAGCUCGAGUGCAUCAGUAAACGAGGCUUUCAGAAGGAGAAGUACGGAAAACCGAAGAAGCUGAAUGCCACUCAAUUGGAGAGCAUUCGAAGAUGCGGAGAGUUCGAGGUCGACUCGAUAAACUUUGCGGGCCAGACCCAUCGAUGGAGAUUAAGCGGAUUGCUCCAACGCGGACGGGACAGGAGGCGAGACGCUUUGCUCCGGGAUCUCGCUCUGGCGACCAGGUUCAUCGUGGUCACGGCGAAAGCCAGGCUGGUGUCCCACUGCUUCAGCGUAUCGCAAUCUCUGAAGGCGAUGUUGACCGGCCUGUUACGACUUCUCGAUAUUAUAAUCGGCGUACCGUCUCUCCAGGCGCACAAUCUAGAUGCCAAAAUCAGGGAAGAGCGUUGUCGGUAUUUGGUUGCCGAGCUGGUGUGUAGGCCCGAAUACGAAGAUUCGCUUGAACUGCUGUGCGGAUUCGUCCGGAAACAGCUUCGACGAGCAACCAUGGAGAAGUUCGAGGUGGAAAGAGAACUGUCGCAGCUUUUACCGAUCCCGGUUCCUUUUGUGUUCGGGACACCCGGUGGAGCAGUGGUGGACCUUAGAUUAUUUAGCAGAGACAUUAUCAGAAAAGCUUUACCGAUUCUAGUUGCUAUUUCGGAGAGAGAGACACGAGGCUGGUUUCUACAUUUCAGAGAAAGACUGAUAUCGGAGUUGAGGGCACGGAAAAAGCCGGACGAAGAAAUCGAGAAAGAAGUCAAUGAAGCUGUAAUGCGAGAGUAUCUGCAACGAGUCUUCUCCAAUAUUCUGACACACCCGGAUAUACUUGAUCUCGGGAACGGAAUUGCUCAGCUUUUGGUCCAGCAGGCGCAAUCGGUCGUAUUGAUGCACCGAGCAGUGGAAACGGUGCAACGGAAAUUACUGCAAACCAAAGAAUCGUUGAGACGUCAUGUCGAGAACGAGCACCCGGUGCUCUCUCGAAUAGAGCCCUGGAUGCGCGACAGAAUGAGAGAAGUCGAAGAAAAAUUCAUAGAGGAAUGCGAGUGGAGCGCGCACGAAGAAGCUCUGACCCUCUGUACUAAUCAGAACCUACAACAGACGGUUUACUUUCUUAAUCGUGAUUUAACUUUUAUGAAAGAGAGGGAACCAGUUUUGUUGAAAGAAUUACGGAAAGUUAAAACACCUACAAGAAGUUUCCAAUGGCCGACUCAAAUAUGGCUUCCAAAGAAUUGGAUUGUUAGACGCAAUUUCCAAGGACAAUCGGAAAUUAUACCAACGGUGCUGAGCAACACUCCGACAUCUAUUACAACGCCCCGCGCUGAUCCGAGUCAGCCGGUCUUUCUAGUUGAAAGAGAAAUCGUGCACACGACUACGACGAGGUGGCCUAUGUGGCGUUGGAUAAACUACGUGGCUAGGACAUGGUGUUGGACUUGGAAUGCGAUGUUCCUGUUGGGCGUAGCAGUGCCGUGGUGUUGCCCAGUUUCUGUCAGGGCCUUAUUACUCGUACAACCGUUUACCCCCGAUUUAGAAUUAAGUCAGUUAAACGGCACCUUGUUUCCCAGAAAGUCUUCUCAAAUGCCCACUCUUUGUUCUCGAUUGAUAGCACUAUGGAGACAUAUUAGUAAAAGUCGGACCCAUUUCGAAACGGAACCAGAUACCGGAUUUAUCGGCAAAGGAAUGACGAGACAUUUAAAUAGGCUAUGGAACUAUGGCGUGAAAGGACUACUAGGAACACUUGUAAUAUUAUUUGUUUUUCCUGUCGUUUGUAUACUAACAAGUUUGGGAUCACUCCUUAUUGCGCUUACCGCGAUAUUGUGGAUGCCUCUGAUUACCUUGGCAUUACAUGCAUUCAUGGCGCUUAUAAUGGAUCUUGAUAGUCCAGAACCGAGUCGGAAUCGAUACUUAGUCAUUAUGGAAGCGUUAGUUUGGAAUAUCGGCAUUCAAGGAUGUCUACAGCCAAUAGCAGCGUUAAUCGUAGCUCUUAUUUUAUGCCCCAUCAUUUCUUUUGUGAUACUUACAGUUUCUGUGAUACGUUACUGGAUUAGAGUGGUCUGGGAUACGGCAAUGUUCCAUUUAGUAAUAAAGAACAGGGGUCGUAUACCUGCCAGCGACAGCUUCGUAGUGAAACGAAUAGCCGGGCCAGGAUUAACAUCCGAUUACUAUUAUCAAAUAAGACCCGAGCAAGCGUUAGCCGCGUUCGAAGCGAAACUAGAGCUAGACGAAUUGUUAGCUUUUCAGCAAGAGACGGAACGACUGAUCACUCAGCCGCAGAGGGAUUUCACUCAGUUCGUCGAAGCCUGUUUUGGUCCGUUCGCAGCUAGUUUAGCUAAAACGAAAGACCCGUAUAAGUCCCUUGAAAAGGAAGCCAAAAAUCUAAUUGCAGUAUUACAUGAGAAAUUAGACAGACGUAGGAAAAAUUUACAAACUGGCCUCGGCAUGGUUGUGAAGAGUAAAAUAAAACUUACUACCUUUGAUUUGAAGGUAGUGAUACAACAGGGAGCCCUCAUGUUAGAGCGCCUCUAUCCUACUCACGUAUUCGCGAGAUUGUCAGGAAACGAGGACGAUUUCUGGGAAAAUAAAGGUUUAAGUGUUGGCGAUUGGGCCGGCUUAGCUGGUCUUAUGUACGCAGAUAUUUUCAGUUUAAACUUUCUUCAACCUCUCGACGACGCAGACACUAAGUUCAGACUGGAACCACAUCCAGGAGUUGAUCUGUCACGUUACACGGAUAUGAUUCAUAGCACUGAACUCGGUGGCACUAACGGUCCAGAUCUGCUGGGCGCAGUUUACGCGCCACGUGGGAAUAUACAAGUUUAUAGUCCUUACCUAGAAGUAUCGGCAUUCAAUCCGCGAUCCAAGCAACCUAACAACAGUAGAAAAUGUGAAAAACGAUGUGAUACUGGAGGGCUGUUAACGUCCACGAGGAUUAGAAGGCGCGCAACUUCGACAAACGGUGUUACGGAAGCACGCUGGCAACCUUGGAAACGACAAAUUCGCCCUUAUAGCGCGGAAAAGUUGCAAAUUCCUCUUCCUAUCCCACAUCCAGCUCAUAUAGCUGUUACUAUUCACAAUCGUGACUCCGAAAAUCCAAUCCCCCUCGACUCGGAACUCUGUCAAAACAUACUUAGGGCAAUCGAAGAGUCGCCUGGUGAAAUGUCUACCGAUUACGUUAGCCGUUAUAGAGGAGCGGCGGAUUCUAGCUUCGAUUCCGUUGCCUCGCAAUCAUCGGUUUCCAUCGAGACCGGUUUAGACAAAGACAACGACGCACAGGAAACCACCAAUACUGAAAAAGAAAGCGAAACUUACCACUGGACGUUAUCGAAUUGGGGAGGUGGUAUAACCAGGAGAAGAAACAAUUCUGGUUCCAUAAAAGUCGAUUUAGCAUCUCCAGAAGACGUUACUCUGGACACAGAUACCACCAGAGUGAUGUUCAGUACCUAUGGGACAACUGUUUAAGUUUAAAUCACUAUUACAUCAGGUAAAAUAUACAUAAAUGAUAUAAUAGGUGCGAAUAGAAAACAACUAAGUAUAAGACAGAAACAAGUAUAGUGUUAAAUAUGAUCUUUUCAUCCAUAUAAUUUUAUAAAUUUGCAUUUAUUUAUUCGAGGUUUAACCCCCCAUAAGAUUAAUACAUAUUUUCCCCCGAUAAAAAAUGAAGUAACCGAUACUCUUGAAAUCCUACUUCAAUUGGGAAUACGAAUAUAUAGCAGAAAAGUAUCAUGAAUUCAGUUUAGUUACACUUUUAUAUAUCGUUUGGACGUAUCUUCGAUAAGAUUACGUUUAAGAACAACGAAUAAGUAAGAGCUUUAUUCUAUUUUUUUAAUUACGGAAACACCUUCCUGCAUCACGAAGUAUAGUAUUAAAUCAUGUCACAAAAUCAUAGAAAUGUGUGAAGAUUGUUGAGGGGUCAUUUUACAUCGCAAUUUUUUAAAACCAGUUCAGGAAGGGACAUCAAAUGUAGGUAUAAUAACAACCAAAUAUUCGAAUGAAGCGUAAUCAAAUUUCAGUUAAUCUGUAUAGGUAUAUUAUACAUUAUAAUAUAUUAUUAAUCAUGCUAUCAUUUCUAAUGCAACAUGAUGCUAUUUUUUGUGCCUAAUUCAACAUCUUUCAAAUCUAUCUUAAUCUGUGACUAUUAAUAAGAGUAUUAAUUUCUUAUGAAAAUUAAGUGAAUUCCUGUGGUCGAUAUAAUCAUAAGUAUAGAAUGCUCAUCUGCAAAGUCUGGGAUGUCAUUACAGGUUCAUAACUUUUAUGUAUACAGAUUAUAAACAACGUCGAAUAGAUAGAAGUUUAGUGUGUGAACGGCUAACGCCAUUAAAAAGCCACUUUAAAUAUGUGUUACAAAAAAAUUAUACAACAUUCAUAUUGAUAUAUUGUAUAUAGAUAGUUUAAUUGUAUAAAUAAACAUGUAAUGUAAUAAUACUUCAAAUACAUUUUCUUGUUGCUUAUGGUAAAAACCAUUUAAAUAGAUAUAUAAAAGUUUGCUCUCUUUCAAUACUUAUAUUAUUCGUGUGAAAUAAAAUCGUAGGGUUACUUCAUUCUUAAACAUUCAUAAAGUUUAAAGCUGCCAGUAUAUUAAACACAUGAGUUGAAAUUCAUUCCUUAACGUCACAGAAAUCAUGUCAAUGAUCAAUAUUAUUCAUUCAUAUAUUGCAAACAUUCAAAACGAAUCCGGUAUCAUUGACCACUAAAUUAUUUGACUUUAUUCACAUUUUGGAAUAGGUAACAACGCGUACAAGUAUUUUAACAAUUGUAAUUUUUGUAAUCUUAUACAAUUAUGUUCUCCGUUAAUUUAUAGUAGUACUAUCGAUAUGUACAUAUAUAAGAAUUGUACGAGAUAAAUCAACGUCGAAUUUGUUUGAAUUUUAAUCAGUAGUGUACAACACAAAAUGCAAUGUUUCCCGCUGUAUCGAAAACAUUAGAAUUUAAGAUUACAUGUAUUACGGAAACGCAAAUUCAUACAAAAUCAUACAAAAAAAACGAAAAUGUACGGUAUUCUGAAUCUUGAAUGUAUAUUCAUGGAAACAUGUAGCAAUGUGUGUGCGCACGAUUGAAAAGUAGCACAAUAUAAAAUGUUAUUGAUAACAGGCGCAGUAUAUCGCAAGAAAUUGUUUAUAUGUCUGGAUCGUAAUGUUAACAAAUUCUCUUGCUUCGAUACAAUCGAAUGAAAAGAACAUAGGAUUUUAAAAUAACGUAACUUUUCCGACUUUCAAAUAUAUAUAUAUAUAUAUAUAUCUGAGGUACCGUUUGCGUUUAAGAAGUACAUUUUACAAAAUGCAAUUCAUAAGAUACUUGAAUAAUACUUGCUGGCAUCAGGUGGAGAUAUUUAUAAUAAAUAUUUGAAUCUAGAUGUCGUGAACUAUAUAGAAAUCAUUACUAAGAGUGAUAACAAUUAUACAAUUGCCGUUUUUGACCAGUCUUUGUUUGCCGUCAAACCGAACUAAAUAGUAAAUAGUUAAGAUUCUAAGCGCUCCAUUUCGAAGUGAAAGGCACAUUUUGGAAAUUGCCUCUGCAUUUACUAAUAUAAUGCACACAAGUCCAUCCAGUGGGAAACAUCCAAUGAAGAUGCUGUUAUAGUUUUAACAACUAUACAGAUAAUAUUUGCAUAAUAUCCAUCCAGGAGUGCUCAAUAUUAAUGCGAACCUAAGUGUGUCUGAUGGCAAACAGAAUAAAGCAAUAUAUAAAAAUAAGAAACCUAUUUUAAUGAAAGGACACAUGGGUGUAAUAUUUCUUACGUUAUACACUUCAAAAUUAAUUGAGUAUCAUAAGAAGAAGAUUAUUUGAAAUUAAUCAUACACGAUUCAUGAGAUCUUUUUUUCUACAUUAAAAAAGUUGAUAAUUUGAAAACCCGAAAACUGCACUUAUUAAUUCUUUGAAACACGGCUUUAACGCUAGUUUGAUUAGUAAUCGUGGUCAAACUGUUCUAUAAAAUAAAACACGUUACCCGAAUCUUUUAAUAGUUACAUAAAUAAGAACUUGUAUAAAUUUUGAAAACUGCAUGUUUCAAAGGAUUAAGGACAUACGUUCGGUGACGCAAACGAUUUUAAAGCGAAGACGUUUAAAGUAGAACACCUCAAACAUUAUUACUUCGUAUGGAACGAAACUGAUACACAAGUGAAAAGAAAUUAGUAUGUAUUGUAAUAGAGAUAAACAGUGUAGAAGAAAGUUAGUAUCAUGAGUGUAGCAUUAAUCAAACAUAAGUACAUACGUACAAACCAAAUGUGUAUUAUUUUCAUAUAAUGUAAAGGCAUCAUAUUUUUAUUAGUCCGACGAAUGAUUCGCAUUUAGUUUAUGUCUAGGUAUGUUAGCGUACUACAAGACUUUCUUUAGCUGUUCCGUAGACAAGAAAAUAAUUGUACAAAGACAAAUAAGUUACGAAUGAUGAACAGUGCACAUUUACAAUAUUACUGAAACCAGCAACCAAAAGAAGAUUUGAGGUCAUUAUUAGUUAUAAAUUUACAUACAAAUUUGAAUUGCACGAAGGUAUGUUGUAGAUAUAAAUGUCUACUACUAUUUACAGUCAUUAUACUACAUCUACCUGACUGUAGAUUUUACUUCAAUCGCUGCUGAUCCACUGUAAAACUUGUAUAAAUCUAUGAAUCGCCCGGUGGUAUACUUGAAUAUGUAAAAUAUUAGUUACAUAGCUUUACAAUUUAUUGCAAAAUAUUUCUUGCAACAAUUCUUUUUCCUCCGUUAAGAAUUAUUUGUAGCAACAUUGUAGGGUAGUGUUACAGAUAUGUCAUUUUCCAUUACAUAUUGUAUGUAGCUUUUUUUUCUUAAUAUUAUCAUAAUCCUUUAAGUUUUUGUAUACAUUAAACAUAAGUGUGAUGAAAAGAACGCCUAUAUUAUCGCCUGAAUCCUUUUUACUUAUACAGAAAUAGUCAAAACCAAUAAGUAAACUAGAAUAAGAAAGUGUUCAGCAUUCUACUGCGGACUUGAUACAAUAUCAUUUUAAGUACACGAGUAGGAAAGGUAUUUAAAAUAGAUAAUUGCAAGAAUAAACAAUUAUAUAGCAUAUUAAAUCUGUAUUUAUUUUUAAUU